GGCACAGGGGAGGUGUAUUGGCUGUAUAGGGAGGACACUGGGGUGUGAUAUGACUGAGGUGUGAUAUAAUAACGUAGUAUAAUUAAUAUAGAUGAGGGAGAGGACUGACAGCAGCACUGGUCUCCAUGACAACACACCCAGCGCUCCCCCACAAUCCCUCACUCGGUGGGCGUGUCCGCUGCUCAAUGGAGUGCCAGGGUCCCGGAUGUUGAUGGGCUGACAGUCUUUGCGUGUCACCGGGAACAUGGCGCAGUACACGGACCCAUCUUUUGAGGAUGAAGAGUUUGAUGAUGUCCCGGAAUUGGUGGAGUGCGAGGAUGAUGAUGCUUGGGAAGAUGACGAUGUUAAAAGAGAGGUCCGCUGCCUGUUCUGUGAGAGGAUAUACAGUUCUGCGGAAGAGACGUAUAGCCACUGCAGCUCCCAGCAUCAGUUUAACAUCAACAAGGUCAUCACAGAUCACGGUCUUGAUUUCUACGGAUACAUUAAACUUGUUAACUUCAUCAGGUCCACGAACUGUACCGCAGACAGUCUCCGCAAUGUAAGCAGCCCUAAACCGUGGGAUAAAGAGGAUUAUUUCAAACCGGUGAUCGCAGACGAUUUGCUGCUUCAGUACGAUGUUGAAGACAUGGAAACUGAUGGCAAUGGACCUCCUAACGCAAAGCCAAAUGAGCCAUCGCUGGAAGAUCGGUGCAAGGAUGCGGAAAGCCGAGCGCAGGCCGCAGAGGCAAAAUUAUCUAGCGCUGUGCAAGAACUGCACAGAAUGAGACAACUUGCGCAGGAUUUUGUGAUGAACGCAGAUGUCAGAUGUGGUCCAUCUUCCGCUGGGGCCAUCGCAGACCUGGAUGAGAAUGAGGAUGGGGCCUACUUCAGCUCCUACGGACACUUCGGGAUACAUGAAAAGAUGUUAAAGGACGCAGUGCGGACAGAGAGCUACAGAAACUUCAUGUACCAGAAUUCUGAAAUAUUCAAGGACAAGGUUGUCCUGGACGUGGGCUGCGGCACAGGAAUUCUUUCAAUGUUUGCAGCAAAGGCCGGCGCCAGGAAAGUGAUUGGUGUUGACCAGUCAGACAUCAUCUACAACGCUAUGGACAUAAUCCGGUUGAAUAAGUUGGAAGAUAGAAUCUCACUGAUUAAAGGAAGAAUAGAAGAGAUUGAUCUGCCGGUUGAGAAAGUGGAUAUAAUUAUAUCGGAAUGGAUGGGCUACUUCCUCCUGUUUGAGUCUAUGCUGGAUUCCGUUAUCUAUGCAAAGGACAAGUACCUAACGGCUGGCGGAGCAGUUUAUCCAGACAGGUGUAACGUUAGCAUUGUGGCGCUGUGCGAUCCAGAUAAGCACGCGGGAAAGCUGGCAUUCUGGGACGAUGUUUAUGGUUUCAAUAUGUCAUGUAUGAAGAAGGCGGUCUUACCCGAAGCCUUGGUGGAGUUUGUAAAUCAAGACACCAUCAUUUCCAGUCCUUUCAUUAUAAAGGAUAUUAACUGUCAGACAACAAGCAUUAAAGAUUUGGAUUUUUCCUCCGAUUUCUCACUGUCAGUAACGAGGGAAUGUGUCUGCACGGCUGUAGCUGGUUAUUUUGACGUGUUAUUCGAGAAGGGUUGUCAUACACCAGUCUCAUUCUCCACCGGCCCCACGAGCGCCCAAACCCACUGGAAGCAGACUGUGUUCCUUCUGGAGAGGCCCAUUGUGGUUACUGCAGGUCAGACCCUGGACGGCAGGAUAACCGUAUGUAAGAACAGGAAGGACCCGCGCUCCCUCAUUGUGACCCUUUCUCUGCAGGACAUGACCCAGACCUACACGCUGCAGUAGACAGCGGGGGUCACUGCAAAACACACAUCCUAGGUUUUAUAUCCAUUCAAAUAAACUUGUCACAAAUUGUCA